CCCAAGUUGCUUCUCUCUCUCUCUCUCUCUCUCCACCAAAAAUAUCUAUCAAAACACACACACCACCACUCUCCAUCUCCAUCUCCAUCUCCAUGGAAGAAUCUCACCUCUUCCCUCUGAUCACACUCCCAACAGAACUGGCCAACCCCACAUGAAUACUUCCUCCUCCUCCACCACCUCCACCUCUUGAACUCCCUCUCUCUCUCUCUCUCUCUCUCAACCCUAAAGAAGGAAAGAAGCAGCAGCAGCAGCAGCAACAGUUGCUUCUUCAAGAACCGAGGAGAUGUCGAUCGAGGACUCGCUGAGAUCCCUGUCGCUGGACUAUCUCAACCUCCUGAUCAAUGGGCAGGCCUUCAGCGACGUCACCUUCAGCGUGGAGGGCCGCCUGGUCCACGCCCACCGCUGCAUCCUCGCCGCCCGCAGCCUCUUCUUCCGCAAGUUCUUCUGCGGAUCCGAGUCCCCCGGGGGGACCUCCUCGGAUCCGUCCUCCGGGUCGGGCUCGAGGGUCGCGCCGCCCUCCUCGCCGCAGCGGUCCGGGGUGGUGAUCCCGGUGAGCUCGGUGGGGUACGAGGUGUUCCUGCUGCUGCUGCAGUUCCUGUACAGCGGGCAGGUCUCGAUCGUGCCGCAGAAGCACGAGCCCCGGCCUGACUGCGGGGAGCGCGGCUGCUGGCACACGCAUUGCACCUCCGCCGUCGACCUCGCCCUCGACACCCUCGCCGCUGCCCGAUCCUUCGGCGUCGAGCAGCUCGCUUUUCUCACUCAGAAGCAAUUGGCAAACAUGGUCCAGAAGGCCUCAAUAGAGGACGUGAUGAAAGUGCUAAUAGCCUCAAGGAAGCACGAAAUGCACCAACUGUGGACCACCUGCUCUCACCUGGUCGCCAAAUCUGGCCUCCCACCUGAAGUCCUAGCCAAACACCUCCCCAUCGACGUGGUCGCCAAGAUCGAAGAGCUCCGACUCAAGUCUUCCCUCGCCCGCCAAUCCCUCGUGCCUCACCCCCACCACCACCACCACCCUGGUCACCAUGAUCUCGUCGCAGCCGUUGGCGCCGACCUCGAGGACCAGAAGAUCCGGCGGAUGCGGCGUGCCCUCGACUCGUCCGACGUCGAGCUUGUGAAGCUCAUGGUAAUGGGGGAAGGUCUCAACCUGGACGACGCACUGGCCCUUCACUACGCAGUUGAAAACUGCAGCCGGGAGGUGGUCAAGGCGCUGCUCGAGCUCGGGGCUGCCAAUGUGAACUGCCCUGCGGGGCCAGCGGGGAAGACCCCACUCCACGUCGCAGCCGAGAUGGUGUCCCCCGACAUGGUGGCGGUCCUCCUCGACCACCAUGCGGACCCCAACGUCCGGACUGUUGAUGGAGUCACCCCGCUCGAUGUGCUCCGCGCCCUCACCUCCGACUUCCUCUUCAAGGGGGCUGUGCCAGGGCUGGCCCACAUCGAGCCCAACAAGCUCCGGCUCUGCCUUGAGCUCGUCCAGUCAGCGGCUCUUGUGAUCUCACGUGAGGAAGGGAACGCGAACGCAUCCUCGCAUUCUAAUAACAGCAUCUAUCACCCGCCGAUGAGUGAAGGGCAUAGCAGUGGAAGCAGCGGAGGAAACAUGUCCAGUGUGAACGUUGAUUCAAGAAUGGUUUAUCUCAAUCUUGGUGCUGCUCAAAUGGGGUCAGGAGUGGACUGCGGCGAGGAAGCCGACACCGUCCGUCACAGGCAAAGGCAAAGGACACAGCAAGUGGGUUGUGAUCCAUCUUUAUUGUACCACCAUCAACGUCCAGAGUUUUAGCUCUGAUCUCCAACAACAAAAAUCACUGAAAGAUUAUCUUCUUUAAAUCCAUAUAUUAUAGUAUAUCAUAGAGAACAGGGAGUUCCAAUUAGACGCUCAUUUGCUGAUUCAUCGGAUUUCAUUC